AUGGCUGCACUACCCUUGACCCUCGCAGCCCCAGCGGCAGCAGCAUCGAUUGCCUACCUUCGAGCCAAAACCAGUUGGCCCAAUGACUACGACUUGCUCAAGGCCACCAUCGUCGGCGCGUUGUACGUCAGGAAGUGCGUCAAGAACGACCGCGUCAACCUCUUCUACGAACUCGAAAGACACGCCCUCGACCACAAGACACGCGACCACUCUUUCCUCGCCAUUCCACCGCAUAUCCCCAAAGACGUCUCCACCCCAGCAGACUUGAAGGGCUUGCGAGCAACAGAGUUGAGCUACAAACAUGUCUACGAGACAGUCUUGAAGUUCGCUGCAUGGCUGAAGCAAGAGCAUGGUGUUAAGAAGGGAGACAUGGUCGCCAUCAACUUUACCAACAAGCCUCAAUUCGUCUACCUGUGGUUUGCUCUCUUCUCGCUGGGCGCAAAGGCUGCUUUCAUCAACACAAACCUGCGCGGAAAGGCCAUGCUGCAUUGCGUCAAGGCUUGCGAGGCCAAGCUGUUCAUCGUGGACCCUGCCAUUCAAGAGGCGUUGACCGACGACGUCAAACAAGAGCUGGGAGACUCGGUAACGCCAGUCGUGCUAGAUGAGAUGAUCGAGAGCAGGAUCCUGGCGGCGACGGGGUUGAGAGUGCCUGAUGCAGAGCGAGGAGGAGCCCAGAUGACAGACACGGCUGUACUCAUCUUCACCUCUGGAACCACGGGCUUGCCCAAACCUGCUGUCGUCCCGUGGAAAAAGUUCCUGCUGUCUGGCAGGACCGUCAGCAACUGGCUCGGCAUCAAAUCCACAGACAGAUACUAUACUUACAUUGGCGAGAUGUGCCGCUACCUGCUCAGCACACCCCCUUCACCCUUUGAUCAAUCCCACACCAUCCGUAUGGCCUUUGGCAACGGCUUACGUCCAGACGUAUGGCAAAAGUUCAAGGAACGCUUCAACAUCCUCGAGAUUGCCGAAUUCUACUCUGCCACCGAAGCCGUGGGCGGCAGUUUCGUCAAGAGCAAGAACAAUUUUGGUCUAGGUGCCGUGGGAAGAGCGGGAACAGCCAUACAAGCACUCAUGGGCAGCCAGACCGCAAUCGUCAAACACGACGUCGAGACCGGCGAGCCCUACCGCAACACCUCCAACUUUUGCGAGCGGGUCGCUUCAGGAGAAUCAGGCGAAUACAUCAAUGCACUAGACCCCACCAACAUCCGCGACAAAUACGUGGGCUACUAUGGCAAUCAAAAAGCCUCCGACACCAAAAUUCUGCGCGACGUGUUCAAGAAGGGGGAUGCAUGGUACCGCUCCGGCGACCUGCUGCGCAAAGACUCCGACGGCCGCCUCUUCUUCGUCGACAGAAUCGGCGACACAUACCGCUGGAAGUCCGAAAACGUGAGCACAAACGAAGUCGCCGAAGCUUUGUCUACCUCCCCUCACAUUGACGAAAUCAAUGUGUAUGGCGUUGCCCUACCCAACCACGAUGGCCGCGCCGGCUGUGCGGCCGUAAUGCUAAAAUCUGCGCCUUCUGCGCAAGUGCUCAAGGAGAUUGCAGCACAUGCGCGAGACAAGAUGCCCAAGUUUGCGAUUCCGCUGUUUUUGAGGGUGGUGACUGCGUUUGAGGUCACUGGUACGGCGAAGUAUACUAAACAUGGAUUGAGAGAACAGGGGGCGGAUCCGAGUAAAGUUGGAGAGGAUGGAUUGUUUUGGUUGCCUGUGGGUGCGGAAGCGUACGAGGAGUUUGGUAAGAAGGAGUGGGAUAAUGUUGUAGGUGGUGGUGUUAAACUGUGA